AUAACUAGGCCUUGGGUGAAAUGUUUAGUGUAUAGACAGUGUGUGAAAACUGGUUUUAAUUCUUUUGAAUGAUUAUUAUUAAUGACUUUCUUCAACAAAAUUUUCACAAUGUUAGAGUCUGGCACCAACGAAAGUGGAAAAGGUGCUUUGUUAACUAGUGUAGGAGAAAUUAUGUGUGUAACAUUACCUUCCCACCUAUGUACUUUGAUGGUGAUUCUCAUCGGAAGACUGUUUUACCCAGUGUCACAUACUUGUUUGGAGGAUACGUGCAUCCCUAAUGUUUGUGAAGUGGUUAACCAACGGAAGGUUACUGUGUUUGUGAAAGAGUUCACUUUGAUAGUUACUUUACUGAUACUAGUAACAACAAUCUUGUCUGGCAGCCAAAUUAGUGUUAUUAUAAGCUUGGUGAUAAUUAAUAGCUUACUUAUGUUCAGAAUCUGUCUACGUCAUUGCUCGACUACAAACUAUAUCGUUUACCAAAUCCCUGAUAUUCUAAAACUACCAAUACACGACUCAAAACGAUCUUUUAUUACUUGUUGCCGUUCGAUUGUAAAUAUAAUGACAGUUAUAUCGAUAUUAGCAGUGGAUUUUAGAAUAUUCCCGAGGAAGUUUUCAAAGACAGAAAAGUACGGUAUGUCUCUAAUGGAUGUUGGAGUUGGGUUUUUUAUAUUAUGUAAUGCCGCUGUGUUGAAAUUAGAAAAUAUUGUAAAUCAGGGGUUUGGCCAAUGCUUUGUUGGAAGUUUGGUAUUGUUUAUAAUUGGAGUUUUGAGAUGUGUAUUUGUUAAAGAAAUUGACUACGGUGUGAAUGUGUCUGAAUACGGAGUCUACUGGAAUUUCUUUAUUACUCUAGGCGUGGUGAGACUUUUGACUUUCAUUGUCCUAUAUGUAUUUAAAACUAAUUCAUCUCUGGCUAGUGUUUUUGUAUGUUUGUUGCAUCAUUGCAUUUUGACUUUUGGAGCAGAAGCUUAUGUUCUUGGAGAUAAACCAAGAGAAAAUCUGAUCGAUGCGAAUAGGGAAGGAUUAGUGUCAACUUUGGGUUACACAGGUCUUUAUCUUAUCGGGGUUUCAUUGAAUAAAUUUAUAGUUCAAACUUGUACCUAUAUCAAGGGUGACUUGAAAUCCAUAGCUAAGCUUUUGAUGCUCAGUUUGGUUUUGUUUGCUGUGAGCUCAUACCUAAGUCCCUACUAUCCUCCAUGUAGACGAGUGGUAAACAUAACCUACAUUACAUGGGUACUAGCCAUGGCAGCCGCACAUGUAGCAAUGGCCUCAUGUGUGGAACUAUUUGUCAUCUGUUUUGUCCUGCCUUCUUCAGUGAAUGAGAAGUUUUACACUUUCCUCACUCCACUUAUUUACGAAGCUGUUAACAUGAACGGGUUAUUCUUCUUUUUGUUAGGAAACAUAUUGACAGGUUUAGUAAACAUAUUUUGUAAUACCAAGAAACUAAACAGUUUACAAAGUAUUUUCAUCCUAUUUGCAUAUAUGUUUGUUAAUUGUUGCACUGUUACUAUCAUGUACUUUAGGAAAAUUACUUUUAGAUUUUGGUGAAUGUAUGCAAAGGUGGACUCCUGUUUCCUCCAUACGAAUCUCUUAUACAGAGUGUUUGAAAAGUCCCGGAAUGGUUUAAUAUAUUGUCAUUUAACUAUUAUCAUUGGGCGCGUUCUGGAAACACGAACUUGUGCACCGGUAUGGGAUCAGUGCAGAAAAUGUGUUGUUCUGGGAGAUCCGUGAGUUUACCUGGCAGACAGAUAUUUCCCUUUUUUUCUCCACCGGUGCAAGAUUCAUGCACCGGAGAAAUCGUAAGGUGCGUAAUACACCAGCGGCAACUUAUAAUCAGUUUCUUGGGGAUCUGUAAGCAGCUAUGGCAAGGUCCAUCAAAUCAAUUUCCAAUCAAUCUGUUUGACGGAUUAUUUUUAUUAUGUAAUAAUUAAUUGAAUAAUUUAUUCUGUGACGGCAAGUGUGUUUGAUUUUAAUAUUAUAAAGUAAAU